AUGAAGAUGCGCGCCCCAUCACUCGGACGCUGCGCCACCGUGGCACUCGUCCUGCUCCUCGCCACAAUAGCGGCUGCGGCCGCGGCAGCACGGACGAAGAACGAAUGCCACGCCGGCGACAAGGCCGCGCUGCUGGCCAUCAAGGCAGGCUUCGGCAACGCCUCCUACUUCCAGUCAUGGACUCCGGACUACCCCUGCUGCGAGUGGAUCAGCGUCUUCUGCGACCUCUCCGCCUCCCCCUACACCUUACGCCGCGUGGUGGCCGUCUCCUUCCUCCGCGACGCCAGCCUCGUCGGGCCCUUGCCCGGCGCCUCCGUCGCCCGCCUCACCGCGCUGCAGCAGCUCAUCCUCAUCCACGUGCCGGGCGUGAACGGCACUAUCCCGCGCGACCUCGCCCGGCUUUCCAACCUCAACUUCGUCGACGUCUCCUACACGGGCAUCUCCGGCCCCGUGCCCUCGUUCCUGUCGAGGCUCACCAAGCUCACCUACCUCAGGCUCUCCUUCAACUCGCUCACGGGCCCCAUCCCGGCGUCGCUCGCCGACGUCCCCAACCUCUCCUUCCUCGACCUCGCCGGCAACCGCCUCACGGGAACCAUACCGCCUCUCCUCCUCAGCAGGACCAACGACACGGCCUACCUCAGCCUCUCCCAUAACAACCUCACCGGCGGCGUCCCCGCCGACUUCGCCGCCGUGAGGUUCUCGAGCCUCGACUUGUCGCACAACGCCCUCGCCGGCGAGGCCUUGCUCCUGUUCGGCCUGAACAAGUCGCUGGAGAGCCUGGACCUGUCGCGCAAUGCCUUCAGCUUCAACCUCUCUGCCGUGACGCUGCCAUCGCAGCUCGGCAUGUUGGACAUCAGCCACGACGACGUCUACGGUGCGCUCCCCCCGUUGGUGGCCAAACUGCAGUAUUUGAACGUCAGCUACAACCGCCUCAGCGGCAGAGUGCCCAUCGGCGGCAACAUGGAUCGGUUUGAUCGGUACUGCUUCCAGCACAACAAGGGACUCUGUGGGACUCCACUUCCACCCUGCAAGUGAUCGUCGUCGUCUCAGCCGACUAGCUCCUCCAACCGUAAUCUAAUUCUAAUGGAUGAUUAUUAAUUACAACUUCUUCUUUAAGGAAUAAU